AUGUCUAUUCACAUAUCGAAACGCAUAACAAGAGUCGUGCUGAUUAUCGUCCUAGUUGUAGUGUCCAUCUCAGUCUUAUCGAAUCAUGCUACAACUCAGGAUAUUUACAAAGAUUAUGUUCCUACAGCUUUAGAUUUCUCUGCAUAUUAUAACGAUGAUAGUCCCAAACUACCUAGUGGAAAUUCGAAAUUUGAUUUUGCAAUCUCUUCAGUAUCUAGUCUAGGUGCUCUUCCUUCUGCAGAUCCCAGUAUUUGGAAGAAACAGAAAGAAGAUGAUGAAUUUAAGAAAAAAUUAGCCAAGGCUAAAGAAGAAGCUAAAAAGGCAGAAGAAAAUCCAGAUGAUAAAGAUCAUUUAUACAAGUUCUUGGCACCCUCUUUUGCUAAUGAAGGUAGAAGACCCUCUGCAGUUCUAAUAUCUGUCAUUAAUGUGGAUGAUGAUUUACAAAAAAUUUUGGAGACUGUUUAUUCAGUUGAAACUAAAUUCAAUAACAAAUUGAAAUAUCCUUGGGUUUUCAUCUCUAAAGAUCCAUUACCAGAACCCACAGUUUCUACAAUCGAAUCUGUUUUAGGGAUUGAAAAUUGUAAAUUUGGAACUAUUCCAGAAAGUGAUUGGGCUUAUCCAUCAUAUAUCGAUAAAAACAAAGCUGCUGUAUCAAGAGCUCAAAUGUUUAAAUUAGACUUCGGCUCUUCUGAAUCAUAUAGACAUAUGGCAAGAUACUUGUCAGGUUUGAUCUGGGAACAUCCUCUUUUACAAGGUUUCGAUUGGUAUUGGCGUAUUGAUCCAGGCUCUGUUUUGACUUGUGAUAUUCAAUAUGAUUUAUUUAGAUGGAUGCAAGAUACAGGUAAAGUUUUCGGGUUCACUCUCUCAGGAAGAGAAGAACCGGACACUAUGAAAACUUUAUGGGACAAGACAAGAAACUAUAUUGACUCUCAUAAAAAUAUUCAUCCAGAUUUGAGAGGUUUUGUAACAAAUGCAGGAGAGGCAAAGGCAGGCAAAAACGAUAAAAUUACUAAAAAUGAUGAUUAUAACAAUUGUUAUUUCUGGUCAAACUCAGAACUUGGGAAUCUAAACUAUUGGAGAUCACCACUUGUCAAAAACUAUUUCGAUUAUUUAGAUCAUGAAGGUGGAUUCUUCUAUGAAAGAUGGGCUGAUCAUACAGUGCAUACUUUAAGUACUGUCUUGUUCUUAGAAAAAAGACAAUUCCAUUUCUUCCCAGAUGUAGGUUUUUCGUUUGGUGAAUAUAAAAAUUGUCCAUUAGAAGAUUUCUUAUGGAAAGAAAACAAUUGUGCUUGUGAUCAAGGUGAUGACAAUUCUUUCAGAAAACGUUCAUGUACCGGUAGAUAUUACGAGUCCAUUGAAAAGGGUAAACCAGAAGGCCAUCAAGAUCACGACUAUUAA